UUAUUACCACCAGCGGUGGAAGUGUCCGCUCCCCACAGUAAUCCCGCCGAAGCCAAGGGCGGAAUCAAAUAUUAUCUCAUUGGCUUGAUGUUCGGGAGUCCCUACCAACCAUACCUCGGCAACCACUGAGAUGACGCUUAAGUAGUCCAGCCCGAAAGCUGGAGUUGACCAGAGAUACAAUAAUAAUAAUAAUGAUGAUGGAAACCCUGCAGGACAACAUAAAACUACCAUCCAGGACUCGACUCUCCCUACUUCAUCACGCAAAGCAAUAUACCUAAAAUUUGAACAGCCCCAAUCAUCCAAGAUGUCUUCCUUCACCACGCCUCCCCCGCAAUCCUCAAUAUACCUCCUCUCAUACCCAGCACCAGGCGUGCUGCUGGUAACCAUCAACCGCGCCAGAAACAUGAACGCGAUCCACUACCAGGGCCAUUGGGAUUUACACGAGCUCUGGACAUGGUUCGACGAUGAACACACCCUACAAGUCGGAAUCGUGACUGGCGCCGGCGAUAAGGCAUUCUGCGCCGGCCAGGACCUGCUUGAGAUCGAAAGAAAUAGCAAAAACCCCUCGACACAGUCGGCGCCCCUGAGGGGCCACCCGCCUUCCGGGUUUGCCGGCCUUAGCCAGCGAAAGGGCAAAAAGCCCGUCAUUGCUGCUGUGAACGGAUUCGCGUUCGGUGGCGGAUUUGAGAUAUGUCUGAACUGUGAUUUGGUUAUUGCCUCCCCCAGGGCCAAAUUUGCUCUACCAGAAGCGAAACGGGGCAUAUAUGCGGCCGCAGGCGGCUUGCCUCGCAUUUUACACAUUGCAGGGCUACAGGUUGCAUCGGAGAUUGCACUCACGGGUAGAACUGUAUCUGCUGAAGAAGCAAAGGCGUGGCAUCUUGUCAACCGGAUUGCGAAAACGCAUGAGUCAUUAAUAGACGAGGCGGUCGCGUUGGCGAAGGAAAUUUCACAGCUGAGCCCGGAUGCCAUUAUUGUAACUAGGGCUGGUUUGAGAGAGGCGUGGGAGGUUGGUGAUGUGUCAAAAGCUGUCCGCAACACCCAUGAGAGAUAUUCGAAGAAUCUAUUUGAGGGCCAGAAUCUACGUGAAGGUCUUGCUGCUUUCCGAGAGAAAAGACAACCUAACUGGGUCAAACCAAAUCUAUAGACCGCCAUGGACGGCUUCAUACUCUCUGCUGUUUCUUUUGUACAGGUGUUCUUUCUGCGGUCUGUAGCUAGAUAUGCUUAUAAUUAAACUAUAAGGAUCUCGAAUAUCCCAUACACCUUUUC